AUGCUGUCUUCGAUAAUCUUGACUUACAACUUCGGUUCGGCGCAGCUUGAACGCCCCGAAGAUCCCAUUCGCGCUCUCCACCACUGCUUCAUGUUAUUGCAAGGCAUCAAGGUUGUGGUGAUACCUCACUGGGACCAAAUCAAAGACAGCUCGGUGUUUGCUCAUAUGACAGAUAUGGCGUCUCCGGAAGCGCUAGAUGCGUUGGACACGCUCGCAAGGGAGGAGAACCCUCAAGAGAUUCUUCGACUGAAGGAACUCACGGAACUCCUACUGGAUAGCCAAGACAAGGAGGCCUGCGCUACAGCUAUCGACGCACUCAACGCGACCUGGCUCCGGUUCCGGCACAUAUCACCCGAUCGCGACGAGUACUCCCUUCUCUUUCUUUGGCCUGCGAGGUUGGAGACCCAUUUCUUCGAUCUCCUUGCAGCUCACAACCCUGUGACAUGCAUCAUCACGACCCAUUUUGCAGCAAUGCUGGCCCAAUGUCGCCCGGUAUGGUGGGUGGUAAAGUGGCCCCAAUGGCUUCUUGCUGCCUGCGAACAAUUGCUAGCAGCGACACCAGAUCUCCUAAAAUGGCUCGACUGGCCGCAACAGAUCAUUCAUGCUCAAGCCGGGAGCGCGACGACCACUCCGACAGCCUCGUGA